AUGGAGCUUGUUGUGGUGAGAGUGGAUGGUGCGGAAUGCGGCAAGUAUGCCUCUCCGACAGGCAAGAAGUGCCCUUUGAACGUCUGCUGUAGUGAAUACGGGUUCUGCGGAACUACUGAAGACUUCUGCAAAAAAGGCUGCCAGUCUGACUGCGAGCAACCCAAGCCAUCUGCUUCCAAGUCAAAUGUGCAGCAGAAGGUCAUCGCCUACUGGGAGGCCUGGAACGGGAACAAACCUUGCGGGCAUAUGUCUCCAGAGGAAAUCCCAGUCCACGAUAUCACCCAUCUAAUCUUCUCAUUUGGUUUCGUCACGCCUGGCGACUUUCGCAUCACUAAUAUGCCCGAUGUCAAGCCGAAUCUCUUCACGCAAGUUACAGACCUCAAGGACAAAAACCCCAACUUGAGCAUCAUGAUCGCGCUUGGUGGAUGGACUCACAAUGACCCAGGCAAGUACCAGAAAGUCUUCAGCGACAUGGUCUCUAGCCGAACCAAUCGACAGACAUUCAUAAAGAACCUGCUUGGCUUUCUAAGUCAAUAUGGGUUUGAUGGUGUUGACUUUGAUUGGGAGUAUCCCGGUGCCAAAGACCGCGGUGGGAAGGAUACCGACGGUAAGAACUUUACUCAAUUUCUCAAAGAGCUCCAGUCUGCUAUGCGCUCGGCCGGUCGACAUUAUCUGGUGACAUAUACUGCCCCGACCUCUUACUGGUACCUGAGACACUUUGACCUCAAGGCCAUGAACAACUAUGUGGACUGGAUCAACCUCAUGUCUUAUGAUCUCCAUGGAAUUUGGGAUCGAGAUAAUCCCAUCGGCAAUCAAAUCCUCGGCCACACAAAUAUCACCGAGAUCGACCUUGCUCUCGAUCUAUUUUGGCGCAACGAUAUCCCCCCAGGGGAUAUUGUCCUUGGUAUUGGCUUGUACGGUCGGUCAUUCAAGUUGGAGAACCCUGCUUGUUGGAAGCCUGGAUGUCGCUUCAGUGAUCCGGGAGAUAAGGGCAGGUGCACAGAUACGGCAGGAUUUCUAUCUUAUAGAGAAAUCAUGGAUCUCAUCAGAGACAGUAAAGCCAAGCCUGUCUAUGACAGGGAUGCAAAGGUGAACUACAUGGUCUAUGGCCAGAAUAACUGGAUCUCAUACGAUGACGAGCGGACUUUCAACGACAAAAUUGAGUUUGCCAACAAACGAGGACUCAACGGGUUGAUGAUGUGGGCAAUUGACCUUGAUGACUCCAGGCGUUCCGCGCUGAAUGCAAUCACUGGACGAAAGAACUUCCUUGAGGGUAAUACGGCAUUUGGUGUUGGUCUCAGCACUAAGAAGUCUGAAGAAGCGGGAUACUCGUCAGAUGACUCAACCCAAUGUCGAGUCACGGGCUGUGGCGGCGCUUGCUCUGAGGGAGAGAGGACCGUCGGGCGUACAAACAGUCUUGACAAGAAGAAUGAGUAG